AUGGUUGAGAUUGAGAAAGCGGAGUUGAUAGGACCAGACCUAGUACAUCAAGCUAUAGAGAAGGUUAAGACCAUUAAAGAGCGUUUGAAAACUACUCAGAGUUGUCAAAAGUCCUAUUCAGAUGUUCGUCGUAGGGAUUUUGAGUUCAAAGAGGAUGAUUGGAGGUUUGGUCAGGUGGCUUAUAGGCUUGAGCUACCUCCAGAAAUGUCUUUAGUUCACCCGGUGUUUGAUGUGUCUAUGUUGAAGAAGGUUGUUGGAGACCCGACACUCGUUGUUCCGAUUGAGACUAUUGAGGUUAAUAAAGAACUGACUUAUGAAGAAAUUCUAGUUGCUUUUCUUGACAAGCAAGUCUGA